CACACAGAGGCGCCCCGCUUUAUUAGAUAGAUGUUACCCUAGGCCAAAAGACCUGUUGUAUUUCAUAUAUAAUGCUGCGCAGGUAACUGGUCUUGGUUGCUCAAUCUUUCCUUUCGUGGAAUUUGUGAGAAACGUAUCAUACGUAUCAUCUUUCUGAUGAUGACUUGUGGGUGGUUAGUGAGGUGGGGGUCAGUUGAAACCUCUAGCUUCCUUUCGUUUCAGACUGAGCUACACGUGAAGUACAAAGACAAGAUUGAACUAGUGAACAAAUAAAUAACCCAAACUGUGUGAUAAAGCUCAAUGACGUCAGUAAAUAUGCAACAAGUACUAAAUAAAUAAAUAGUAAGCAGCAAUACAGACCAGAGGGGAGGGAUAAAUGGAUGGUUUGAUCGUUUCUUGGCUUGUGUAAGUUAAUGAGAAGUCAAUUGCACUUGUCUUCAUUCCUUUGUGCGUGUAGGAGGGGUUUGUGGGUGGUGAAUGCCUUGACAGCUGUAUCUUGGUUUUUUUUUUUUUUUUUUAAGACCGAGGUGCUCAGACAAAAGUACACACCUCUUUUGUGCAGAGGCAAUAGAUGCACACAGUUUGUCUCCCCACAGGACCUGCACCAUGAGCCAUGACCAGAGCUAUCCGUUCCCACAGGUGUUCCUUGUAGAUGGAGGUGGAGGUUCGCAGCACUCAACCGUCCAUCCACCCAGUCUCGUACCCUGCUGGUCCUUCCCGCCGGCCCAGGAGAGGACUCAGAGCCGUGAGAAGAGUCGGGGCUGCAUGGGAGUCAGCCCCGGUCUGGCCCUGGUCGUGCUGUUUCUUUUCCUGCUUGUGUUUGUAGCCCUGGGGUUCGAAGCCUACCAGAUUAACCACAUGCAGCAAGAACUGAAAGAGUUGAGAACGGUUCAACCCAUGACUGAGUUUAAUACACCUCAGAAGCAAAUUGGUCAUAAACCCGAGUUCGAUGGAAAAGACAAAGACAACAGACCUGCAGCACAUGUGAUAGGGCGGAUUGAAAAAGAACACUUCCCUAAGACUUUGCGAUGGGAGUCGCAGGCAGGCCGGGCGUUCAUAUCCGGAGCAGUGGCUUACAGGUUUGAAGAUGGUGCCCUGCAAGUCAACGAGACCGGACUCUACCACGUUUACUCACGAGUGGAGUUGAUCUUUAAGGACUGUUCGUCCUCAUUCGUUCACUCUGUGUUUGUGAGGAGAGCAGGGCGCCCCUUGCCCCUGACCCUGAUGGAGGCCCACAGAGGGGGUUUCUGCUCUCAGCAGCAGGGCCACCCCUGGACCACAGACAGUUACCUCGCCUCCGCCCUGCAGCUGCAGAAAUCCGACAGAGUUUUUGUGAAUGUAUCACACCCUAUUUAUCUUAGUCAUGCUUAUUAUGCCAAUUUCUUUGGUCUCUACAAGAUCUGAAGGCUUUAGUGUAAUGAUUUUACUCCACUGAAAGAAUGGAAACCUGAAUGUCUCUGAAUCUUACUCAUCACUUUGAUUCCUAUGUUGAAUGUGAUCGCUAUAGCCUACAAUAACUGCACUGAAUAGCAUAAUAUGAAAUGGUUUGCAGUGUUAAAACCCAGAGGAAAUAUCUCACAUUGUUUUUAUUGCCAGCUUUAAAGUUGGCAGUGAGAUUAAUUGAAGCAAUUUCCACACAUGUACAUAAACAAGUUUUUAUAAAUGUUGAAUCAGUUAACACUAACAUGCUGAUUUAGUGGUAGCAUUUUUUUGAAAUAUUUAUUUUGAAGAUUAUUUUUGGGGCAUUUUAGGCCUUUAAUUCCACAGGACAGAUGAAGAGAUGAAAGGGGAGAGAGAGAGAGAGGGGGGAAUGACAUGCCGCAAAGGGCCACAGGUCGGAGUCGAACCGGGGCCCGCUGAGUAAACCUCUUAUAUAUGUGCGCCUGCUCUACCAACUGAGCUAACCUGGCCACUUAAAUAUUUAUUCUAGUGUGGAUCUGACAUGGAUGGUGUCUAAAUGUGUGAUUAUAAUGGUUGUUUGGAAGUAAAUAAACAUAUAAUUUAAGUUGAUUUUCAUUUGGAAUAGAGAAAUGCUUUAAUAAAUGAAAACGAAAAAAA